CAGUCUCAGUCUUAAAAAAUAUUUGGACACUGCAGUUUAUAGAACCUGAAAAGGUUCAAAUUCAGCCAAUUAUUAGAUCUAAAAUUUAUUUAUUAUCAUGAAAACCUAUUCAAGAUUUAUUUCAAGAGUUUCUGUCGUGUGUAUGUUAUGCGCACAUGUCGUCACUGAAGGCAAUCUCAGAAACAAGAAGCAACUCGGGACAGGAAUCUCGUUUGCUUUUCCUGGUCUCAACUUUCUCAACGGGGGUUCCGGAAAUAACAACAACGCUGGCAAUAUCUUUGGUCAAGCCACAUUCACUCGUACAAUUAUUUCCACAGUGAGCACCGUUACCACCGCAAGUUUUCGGACUUGCACGAUGCCAGUGGGGGCUUUGGCGCCAUGUGUAGGACGGAGGAAGCGAGAGGCGGACAUGACAUCAUAUCCGUACGACAACGAAAUUUUCAUGGAUCACGAGGCCAAUAAUCUGGGGAUUGAUCCUUCAGCCUCCAUAGCUCUUAUCAUAGGCAGCACUACCCUUACUGACCCGUUGGCAGUUUCUGAGUACCUAGUGGCCCACCAGUCUUCCUCCCAAUCCAUUAUUUACCCCCAAGAUAUUACCAUUGAGCAAAUAGAAAAUCUCCAAAAACAUGAGCAACCAUCUGAGUCCGUCAUUCUCCAUCCCUCCAGCGACUCUCCCGACUUGCAUGAUGAUGCCACAACAGUCCGCUACGAGGAAACUUAUGAGGACACUUUAGCCGACCAAACUACUGAAAUUGCAGUAUUAGACGAUCCGCACGACGACCAAGAUGAGCAGACCACGCCCAAAUUGGUUUUAACGGAUGAGGAGGAAAAAGCCCGUGCAGGGUUCGGGAAGACUACCACAGUCACCACAGUAAUAAGAGUGACCAGUGUUGCGACCACGCUGGCUUCGGGAAUGAUGGCAACCCUCCAGAUUUCCUACAUGGGCUGCCUACCCCCCUCACUCCCGGUAUCAGGCGUCCCAUGCUGAUCCAGUGAUCAUAGUACUACCACCGAAAAUACCAUCCCUCAGUACUUGAAACUUAAUAAUUCCCCCCGUUAUUUAUGUAUUUAUUUAUGGAAAUUAAAAUUUGAAGAGUGUAACAAAAGUGUCUAUUGGCUAAAUAUUAGAGUCUGCACCAAAAUAUA